AUGGAAUCCGACUGGCUUGCAGACGCUGGAAUCGGAAACCGGGUGUUACAUUCGAGCUCAGGGAAGAACUGUAGCCGCAAUGGGUUCCUACCAAGGUAUCAAUCUAGUCAGAGAGCUUGUGGAAGAGUGCAUGCGGAAGAAACUGUCUCCUUACGGUAUCAAGUUAUUCUCAUAUAUAUGUUGCCAGCGACAUGGGCCUCCGCCUCUCCUCCCUUUCGUCGUCGUCGAUGGUGGUCACGGCCAAUAGCGACUCAUCCGGCAACGGGUGAUCGUAAACCCACUCUCAAGGAACAUGUGGCUUACUGUUCACCUUGUUACGGCGGCCUUUUCACCUUUGUCGCCGUAAUCUUGAUCUUAUACUUCGCCGACAAAGCUCACUGCCACGCCAUAUUCUCGAUCCAAUCGAUCACCGUCUCUCCUUUCUCCGCCACUUGGCACGUUGAUUUCCUCGUGACAAACCCUGCUAACUCCAGGUAUUCUAUCUACUACGAAGGUGAUGAUGCUGCCGUUAGGCUUGGUCCCUUAAACGCUGCCGUAUUAAGCACUUCUCAUAAACGUAAUUCUCCAAGUCACACGGCGUUCUCAUUGGAUUUCGUUGCGGCUUGUAAUACAAGCGACGUUGUUUUGCCGAGUGUUGGAAAAUCAAACUAA